ACAGGGUUCACCGAUAGAUAGGAUACGGCGAGCAUACCUUAGCGGUUCGCGCAAACGUUUAAGAUAUCUGCGGCCAUCGAUAGCGAUUCGCAUGUACAAUUAGCGACUGGCCCAAAAUGGAUAGCGAUUCGCGUGCACACUUUAGUGAAUGUCAGAAUUCGGCGCGGUUUGAAAAUAUAGGUUUAUACGACCCAGGUUGAGGAGUCGAGAUUGGAAAAAAAUCGUUUAAAUUUCGUUUUUUAUGUAAUUGGAAAGUUGUUGCGCACAAAAGUGAUGUGAAAAUUAAUGUUCAUGAUUAUAAAGCAUAAAUUAAUUGAUUUUCAGCGUUGGUUAAAAAAAUAAUAACAAAACUAUGUGAAACAUGAGAAGAACAGCCAUGUGGAGAAUUCAAACAUGGACGUAUAUACACUAAUUCAAAACUGAUGCGAUCUCGAAAAAAAAAUCCGUUCAGGUAAUGAAAAUAUUUAGCAUAUUGGUCCAGCAACCGAAGCGUUCACAGUUUUACCAAGCGAUUAACAAUUAGAGCAUCAUUUGCGGUUUCAUUAUACAUUCCUUCGUUGUUUUUGGUUUUGGCAAUCAUCCUUUUAAAGGUACGAAUUUCAGCACAAUUAAAAAGUGCUGCAACAUUUUUAUUGUCGGUAAAUUUGUUUUAUUAACGCACCGUGAAAGAAUACAGUGAGUUUCAAUAGCGGUAUGUGCUGAAGCGAAACAACUGAGACACACAUCGUUCUUUUUACUUUUUGCUUGCAGAUAUGAAUUCCAGCCAAAGCUCUAUACAAGAGGAAAAUGCAAGCAGCGCUAUGCAAGCACCUCGCCGCCGAAAAACUACCAGCAACGAAGAUAGAGAGCGCGUGGUAACGGCGUAUGAAAACGGAGCCACUGCAGCUACGAUUAGCGAAAUGUUUAAUUUGAAAAAACCGACUGUCCAUGGUAUCAUCAAAAAAUACCAAACCCAAUGGCAAAUCGAGGCAAAGAAGCGUGGUGGCAACAGAUCUAAACUAUUGUCGCAGCAAGCCGUAAUUGAUGUUCGGAACUGGAUCGACGAGGACUGCACGGUGACGCUUAAAGCACUCGCAGAGAAAGUGUUCGAACAACACGGUGUUCGAGUUUCGUCCACAACCAUAGCGAGGGAAAUAAAAGGAUUCAACUACUCUCUGAAGAUGGUCAAACUGUUACCGGAGCGACGCAACACACCAACGACUGUCGAAGAAAGGAAACAUUACGCUACACAAUUUUAUGAAAUUGCGCGCGGAAUUCCGGAUAAUGGAUUAAUCUAUUUAGACGAAGUAGGAUUUAACGUCAGUAUGCGUACGCUAAAAGGACGAUCGCAGAGAGGAACACCGGCCACCAUCACCGUUCCACAGUUAAGGACUAGGAACAUCUCCAUCAUUUGUGCUAUGCAUCGGUACGGCGUGCUGCUUUACACCACACACACUCGAUCCGUAAACCGUGAACGGUUUAUACAGUUUAUUGAAGAACUAAAGCAAACCCUGCGAUCGAAGAAUAUUAACAGCAGCUACUUCAUAAUGGAUAAUGUAGCUUUCCACAAAACACCCGCACCAGUGGAAGAAUUUUGUGAGGCGAAGCAAUCCUUCAUAUGAGGAUCAAUUGAUGGAAGCGAUUCGGAAUGGAUCCAGGCUAAUAACCGCACAGGAUUGCGAUGGCUACAUUUCGAAUAUGUGGCAAUACAUGUCCCGUUGUUUGAGGGGCGAAGAAAUUUUAGAUUAAGUUAUGUAUAAAUACAUAUAAGAUUAGAAAGUAAGAUUUUAGUUUUAAUGUGUAACAUAUUGUAUUGACGAUUCUUAAAAAGAUGAAAUGUAAAUAAUGCUGCUGGACGAAUUAAAA